CCACAGCGACAUUUGCUCUCCACCAUCCCGUGCCUUUCCUCUUCCUCCCCCACCUAUUUCAUGGUGCUCUGACCUACACAAGCUCCAAUCCCACACCCAAUGCAGCUCUAAAAUCUCUCCUCCACUCCACCACCGCUGCUCCCUCCCUAGAGCUGCCGCCGCGCGGUAGCUCCGCGCCAUCGCUGACGCCUCGACCCCCCAGCCUCUCCGCCGUCGCUGCCGUCGCCGCGCCUCAUCGCGACGUCCCGUCCCUGCUGUCUCCACCCCGUCAGCGAUCUCGGGCGUUGGUUCUUGAGGUGUUGCGGAGAGCCUUCCAAUUUCAUCCGGCUCUCCUCUUCCGAACAAAGGGUGAGAAGAAUUUUUUGCCUGAUUGCCCCCGAAGAUGCCAGGAAUCAUAGUGGAUGGAGUUGUUACAGAGGAGAUUCAGCAUGAGGUGAGUUCCUCUCAAAACAAGGAGAAUUUGACGGCCCCAACCAUGGCGCCAAGCAUGCAGAGUGAGGCACUUGAGAUGCACGUUGAGGAUUCUGGUGCCGGGGAACCCUCGAUUGAGCAACUCUACAACAAUGUGUGCGAGAUGGAGAGCUCAAGUGAGGGUGGCGGAUCCCCAUCACGCGAGAGCUUUGGGUCGGAUGGGGAGGAAUCAAGGAUUGACUCGGAGCUUCGCCACCUUGUUGCUGGGGAGAUGGAGGCCAUGAAGGUCAUUGAGGAGGAGGAGGAGAAGGAGAAGGGGAGUGGAAGUGUUACAAAUGCAGCACCUACUGCUGGCAAUGGGACCCCUGCCAGGCCUCAGUCUUCCAAUUCAUCCAAGAAGAAGGCUGCAAAAUCACAGCUUGAAUCGGAUGCUUCUGUUGGCCCCAAUGGCAAAGCAUCCCCCGAGGAAGGUGAGAGUGAGGUCAGCAAGCCCGGAAGCCGAGUUGGCCGUCGCCGGAAAGCUAAUGCCAAAUCACAGAAUGGAACAGAAGAUGCUGGGCUCGAUAACCCAGACCUUGGUCCAUUUCUUCUUAAGCAUGCAAGAGACUUGAUUGCCUCUGAUAAUCCACGGCGAGCGCUGAAAUAUGCUCUCCGUGCCACCAAGUCAUUUGAGAAAUGUGCAGGUGGAAAGCCAAGCUUGAACUUGGUCAUGAGUUUGCAUGUUGUGGCUGCAAUCCACUGCAACAUGGGAAAGUACGAAGAGGCUGUACCUGUGCUACAACGAUCCCUCGAGAUUCCUGUGACCGAGGAAGGUCAGGAGCACGCACUUGCCAAGUUUUCUGGUUGCAUGCAAUUGGGGGACACCUAUGGGAUGCUAGGCCAGAUUGCCCUCUCACUGCAAUGGUAUGCCAAAGGGCUUGAUAUCCAGAAGCAGACAUUGGGGGAGCAGGAUCCAAGGGUUGGAGAGACUUGCCGGUACUUGGCCGAGGCUCAUGUGCAGGCACUACAAUUAGAUGAAGCACAAAAAUUGUGCCAGAUGGCUCUUGACAUUCAUAGGGAUAAUGGCCAGCCAGCAUCACUUGAAGAAACGGCUGAUAGGAGGCUAAUGGGUCUUAUUUGUGACACUAAGGGUGACCAUGAAGCUGCGUUAGAACAUCUAGUGAUGGCGAGCAUGGCCAUGGUCGCCAAUGGCCAGGAGACUGAGGUGGCCUCAGUGGAUUGCAGCAUUGGUGACAUUUAUCUCUCAUUGGGUCGAUAUGACGAGGCUGUAUGUGCUUACCAGAAAGCUCUUACAGUAUUCAAGACUAGCAAAGGGGAGAAUCAUGCCACCGUGGCUUCUGUUUUUCUGCGGCUUGCAGAUCUAUACAACAAAACAGGGAAGCUGAGGGAAUCAAAAUCAUACUGUGAGAAUGCUCUCAAAAUUUAUCAGAAACCUAUUCCAGGCACGUCUCUUGAAGAAAUUGCCACUGGUUUAACUGAUGUUUCUGCCAUAUAUGAGACCAUGAAUGAGCAUGACCAAGCACUGAAGUUACUCCAGAAGGCCUUGAAAAUGUACAAUAAUUCUGCUGGCCAACAGAGCACAAUCGCUGGAAUUGAAGCUCAGAUUGGUGUCUUGCACUACAUCUCCGGGAAUUAUGGCGAUGCAUAUGACUCCUUCAAGAGUGCGAUUACAAAGCUCCGCACAUGUGGUGAGAAAAAGUCCGCCUUCUUCGGUAUUGCCCUGAACCAGAUGGGGCUGGCGUGUGUUCAAAGAUACUCCAUAAAUGAAGCUGCAGAACUCUUCGAGGAAGCUAGAACCGUUCUGGAGCAAGAAUACGGGCCAUAUCAUGCAGAUACUCUAGGAGUAUACAGCAAUCUUGCUGGAACUUAUGAUGCAAUGGGAAGACUGGAUGAGGCCAUUGAGAUCUUGGAAUACGUCGUAGAAAUGCGUGAAGAGAAGCUAGGCACGGCGAACCCAGACGUCGAUGACGAGAAGCGGAGGCUCGCCGAGUUGCUGAAGGAGGCUGGCCGGGGGAGAAGCAGGAAGGCAAAAUCCCUGGAAAAUCUUCUCGGGACCAACCCAUACACCGUUGGAAAGAGGACUACAGUUGCAGCGUGAGUGAACUAUAGCUUUGAAUGAAAGAGAAAAGGGAACACUAUGACGCUAAGAAUUUGUGUAUCAAUUGGUUUAUUCAAAUUUGGUGAUAGGGGUACAUGGGAAUAGUAGUAGCGCUUGAGGAUGAGACAAAAAUUGGUCUGAUUGAUUGUUGUAAAGUUGCAAAGGCUAUUUUCACUUGUUAUUA